AGUGAAGCAACAAAACUCCAUUGCCUCAAUCUUACUCCAUUCUUUCUAUAUUCCAAACAAAUUCUCUAAUUCCGGCGUCUCAAUUGCUUUCAAGCCACCGCUAACUUCACUUUUCCUCCACUCAUCUUCCUCUACUUCAUAUUAAUACACUUCAAAACUCCCCCAUUUCCAUCAACUCAACCUUCAAAGCCAUGGAGAUCAAACCCGCCGACCAAGAAACCCAAUCUCCAAACGAUCAAAACCAACCCCUUUUACGAGAAACAACGACCAUCCCAUCAAGAGAUGAGAGAACCCUCAUCCAAAAAGCCAUUUCCCAAACCUUUCGAAGCACUGCUUCUUUGGCAAAUCUUCUCCCCACCGGAACAGUCCUCGCCUUUCAACUUCUUUCCCCAAUUUUCAACAAUCAGGGCAACUGCGACUCCAUUUCCCGCUACCUCACCGCCGCCCUCCUUGCUUUGUGUGGACUCUCCUGUUUUCUUCAGAGUUUCACUGACAGUUUCAGAGACAGCCAGGGGAAUGUUUGCUACGGAUGCGCUACUUUCAGAGGCAUGUGGAUUAUAGACGGCUCCGAGGAGCUGCCGGCAGCGGACGCUGCCAAGUAUCGGCUGAGAUUUAUUGAUUUCUUGCACGCUUUCAUGUCGAUUCUGGUUUUUUCGGCCAUUGCUCUGUUUGAUGAGAAUGUGGUGAGCUGUUUUUACCCGGCGCCGUCUGAUCAGGCGCAGGAGAUCUUGACGUCUUUGCCGGUUGGGAUUGGCGUGUUUUGUAGCAUGUUGUUUGUUCUUUUUCCCACCAGACGCCAUGGAAUUGGCUUCCCCAUCUCUGCCACUUAACGGCGGAGUUGCUCCAUUAUUCGCCGGCAUUCCCUCUAAUCUCGUUCCAUCUAUUAUAAUACAAAAAAAU